AUGCAGGAGGUGGGCGGUACCCAGCGAGGCUCUCAGCGGGCCUUCAGCGUCCUGGAUCGUCUGCUGGUCACUCAUCCUGUGUGGCUGCAGCUGUCACUCAACCAAGACUCUGCACUCUACAUCCUGCUCAGAGAGCCUGUUGGGACGUUUUUGGUGCGUAAAUGCAGCUCCAGCCAGAGGAAGGUGCUGUGUUUGAGAGUGGCAGCGGACAAAAGUGCCUCCUCUGUUAAGGAGUGCUUCAUCUGUGAGGAGGACUCCACUUUCGCCUUGGAGAGCUCUGCACUCAGCUUCCCAGACCUGUGUCGACUGGUUGCCUUCUACUGUAUCAGCAGAGAUGUGUUGCCCUUCCCGCUGCAGCUACCAGAGGCCAUUGCUAAAGCCACAACACACAGACAGCUGGAGGCCAUCUCACACAUGGGACAAGACUUCUGGAGUGCACCGAGUGCUUCAGAGAUCCAAAACGGCCCGAUGGACCCAGUUGCAUCAACCAGCGACAGCCAGGGUCAGAUGUCGAUGACCCAGGACCGAUGUACCCUGCUCACCCGGGGUAGACAAGGAAAACUUUGCUUCAUCAACCCGCUCUUCCUACAGCUGGAGGUUAGCAAGCAGCCACAACUCGUAAACCACAGUGCCUCCAAUAAACGGCACCGCUUCAAACGCAGCAUGCGGCUCCGGCUCUCAGAGUCCUCCAUGAAUCUGUCCCUGGAGGGGAUCGGCUCCUACUCACCUUCCUCGUCAGGGGAGCAGACCAGCGGGUCAGAGAGGCUGCAGAAGGCCGGCACUAACCCACAGAGAAGAGUUCACCCUGGGGCUGGGGUCCUGAGGAGAACCCCUGCUGUAUCACCGGGGUCUGCAGAGGAAGAGGACAUGAUGUCUGUCUAUGUGCCACAAACAUCUGCAAAGGUGGAGGAGGCUCCACAGCCCCAGCAGUCCGCCCGAGCAGAGGAGCCAGGCAUCGAGGUGGCAGUUCUGGCCCUGGAGCGUCGCCCGGCUCCGUCCCUGGCCGAGCUCGACAGCAGCAGCUCCUUCAGCAGCAUGGAUGAGGACAAUGACUCGGAUUCAGAUCCAGAAAGCAUGGCCGAAGCACAAACCCACUUCUACCCGCGCCCACCACUUGUGCGCUCUCGAGGCCGCGGCGGGCUGCACCGUAUGAGUGAGGCGUUUGUGUGUUUCUUUGCUCCGGACAAGCGGCUGACGCGACUGGUGGAGGAGCUGUCCAGAGACAGGCGCUCCACUUUUGGGGGCAUGGUUCAAGACUUCCUCCUGGCACAAAGAGAGGUUCUCAAAUCCCUGGCUUCCUCUUCUUCAUCCUCUUCCUCGUCACGUGUGACCUCUGUGCAGCUCCUGCAGGGUCUGCGCCUCUUUCUGUCCCAGGCGAAGUGCUGCCUGCUGGACAGCGGAGAGCUGGAGCCUCCCAUUGAGACCCUGGUGCCGGAGAACGAGAAAGACCUGGCGCUGGAGCGGGCCAUGUUCUCCUGUGUGCUCAGGCCUCUGAGGUCCCACCUUGACAAAGCUCUGGUUGAGCUGCACAAUCAGGACGGCAGCAGCCAGCGUCUCACCCAAAACGUGCUCCGUCUGAAGGGGGAUGCCGCCAUGGAGCAGCUCGGUGUGCGUACGGGCGUCCCUGACAGCCGCGAGGUGGAGAGAGUGAAGCAGAAGCUGGUGCUGAUGCAGAGGACACAUUCGCCCAUUGACAAGGUGCUGCUGCUGCUGCAAGUGUGCAAGUGUGUCUACAAGGCCAUGGGGUCCUUACAUGGACAGGAAGUGAGCUGGGAUGACUUCCUGCCGUCGUUGUCUUACGUGAUUGUGGAGUGUAACAGGCCUCACAUCCUGAUAGAGGUGGAGUACAUGAUGGAGCUGCUGGAGCCCUCCUGGCUCGGAGGAGAGGGUGGGUACUACCUGACCAGUGUGUAUGCCAGCCUGUGCCUGAUCCAGAGCCUGGACAGGGAGCAGCCGUUCUCAGGCUGCCUGACGCCGGAGGCCCAGGAGGCGCUGAAGGAGUGGAGCUGCAGACGGAGCCGAGAGGCCCAGAGACAGAAGGAGAACCAGCAGAGCCAGAGGUGCGUUCGGAUAUUGUUCCAGGACGGGGAGCGGAGUGCCGUGCGGACGUUGCAGUGGAGAGCCGGAACAGCCCAGGCCCUGGCCGAUCUGUGCGCCGCCACCUUCGAAGUGACGCAGCAAUACACCCUGUACUGGCGCAGCGGCGGGGAGAUGAGGGCCCCUGCCGCUCAGCCCAGCCCCCAGGACCUGGCCAGCCACAGUGAGUGGAGCCCUCGCCUCUCCUACCUGAGACCGAACCACGCUUUCAGCAAGAUGCGGCGCUCACCAGAGGUGGCCGCCGUGGACCUGAGCGAGUCGGUGUGUUGA